GAAGUUUUUGUUUCCUCGUCUUUCUGCUCUAUAAAGGUUCGAGUGUCACCUCAUUGGUCUCCUAUCAAGUACGUGUUUUUUGUCGUUAAUAAAUGACAUUGCCAUCGUGGACAGCAGAGCUCGAACCAAGGACAGCGUUUUAACACGGCCUUCAAUCUGCUUCAUCGUCGGCCUGUGCAGCCAUGGAACACCAGGCUGUGGAUGAUGACAUCUGCAUCCUCAAACAUGAGACAGCCUACACUGCUGUGGGAGAGAGCCCUGUAUCGGUGUGUGCUGGCGAUGAAUCUGUAGCUUCUCAUUUUGCCCUCGUCACAGCCUAUGAGGACAUCAAAAAGCGACUGAGAGAGACUGAGCGAGAUAAUACUUUCCUUAGGAAACGAGUUAAGCAGCUGGAGGAUAAGCUCUUCCGGCCUGAGGCUUCACAGGGUCCUCAAUAUGUCAACAAGGCCUUCACCGCAUAUCGAGGAAUUUAUAUUGAAAAAGAGGACCUGCAGAUGGAACUUAACAAACUGAAAAAGGAGAAGAGUGAGAGUGAGAGGCUGUUGACAGAGCAGCUUCAAAGUAAAGAGCUGGAGUUGCUUCAGCUUAGGACAGAGAUGGAGACCAGCCAAGUGAUGAAGAGCUUGAACAGUCCUCAGGACUACUGGCAGAUGGACUGUGUCAGUGCCGAGCGAAAAAUCCUUCAACUUCAGGAGGAGCUGGAAAGGUUGACAUUGGAAAACAGCAAACAACUGGAAAUGAGUGGGGCAGAACUAUGUGGCCUGAAUGGACCAAACGUGGAGCAGGUGUGUGAUGACAAGUUCAAUACCAGGGAGAGGAGCAUGCAGCAGGCAUAUGAGACUUUGCAUUCUGAGAUCACUCGUCUCCAUUCAGAGGUGAGACACCAAAGAGGCCUGAUUCAGAAGCUGAGACCAUUGAUCAGUGAGGCAAGACGAGCAGUUCCAAUUCAGUUUCUGCAAGAGACUGAGACAAACCACCAUGCCGUUCUUCGGACGCCAGCACCUCAACCGCCCAGUGCCCCACCCCUGCCCUCUUGUUCUGGCCGCCCCUGCCCCCCCGUGGUUGGCCCGACUAGCACCUUGCUGCCGGACAUUUUGAGAGAGGACCGCUGGUAUAAUGGCCCAUGGCCAACACAGCAGUGCUCUGGAGAGGCUUUGGUCGGGAAUGAGACCGCUUCUGUUGUUUUGCCCCCACCGCCCCUUAACCAGGCCUCCAUCGAUGACAGCUCAAGGUCCUUCCCCAGUCCCCCCAAACCUAGUGAAACCCUUUUCUGGGAGGGACACUCAUCUGCGUCAAAUUCAUCAUCCUUGAAUGGAAACUGCAGUCCGAGGAGCACUCCCAAUACAGAGUAUAGCAAACCCUUUUGAGGAGAACUUCAGCACAAAGAAUAUGACUUUGCAAGCCUGCCACAUUGCUAACGCCUUAUCUGCCUUAAAUUAAUAAGAACAUUACUCCCCUGUGGGCUGGACAAAAUUGGACCUGCAAGUUACGGGAACCAGAUGAAGGCCAGAAGAGGGUUUUUGAGGUUAAGACUCAACAUUGCUUGCAUGCAGCACUGAUGACUAGGAAUAGGUCUCAUUCCAAAUUUGAGGAUAGUCCCACUCUUUACAAAGCUCCUUAUCAAUCUGGUAUUCCAAUUUGUACUUUCUUUGUUUGGAAAAACGCAAACAAGAACAGAAUUAAUAGUUUUAUUUUGUUUUUUUUUUAAUGAACGUGUCAUGCAACUACAACAUUAAUUUAAAAUAAAAACAAUGAUUUGUACGGAAAGAAAUGUUUUGAACAAAUCAUAAUGUGAAGCUUUUAUUCAUUUUUAUUAACAGUCAUUCAGUGCAAAGUUAAAUUGGUGUCGAGGGACAAGGCUUAUUGUCACUUUUUAUUUAAAGAGCAAUGUUGCUCAUCAAUGGCUUCAAUUGUGGAUGAAUUUACAAAUGUUGAGGAUCUUUUUUUUUUUUUUGCAGGUUAAUCCCAAUGAUUUGAGGCAAGGGUUUUAUUAAACAAUAAACAUACAACUAUAUAACCAGGGAGCUGUAUGCAGGGCUGCAGCUAUCGAAUAUUUCAGUACUUGCGUGUCCUGCUGAAAAUUCCAUAGAAUAAUCACGUAGUCAUAUCAACUACACUUUUACUUUAUUUCACUUAAGAACGAACAACCAAUCAUUUUCCAUUUUAUAUAAUCAUCAGUUGUAAUUUAUUAAAGUAAUUUAUUUAAACUUAGCUUUUCUUGUAUCAAAAACAAAAGGCAUU